AUGACUUUGUUCCCCACCAAGUUUGAAAAUGGGAAGAUUGAGUACAAGAUAAGGUACAAGGGGAGAUCAAGGCCAUUCUCUAGAGCCAAGGCCUUGGUGACUUCAGAACAGUCCAGGGACCCAACCAAGCUAAAGGAGCUUCUGUCUCAAGUCAAAGGAGCCAGCUCGACCGAUAGCUCGAUCGAGCUAGAAACCAGGGCAACUCGAUCGAGUUCCUCAACUCGACCGAGGUACUUUAGUGAAGAAACAGUUAACAAGAUGACAAACAGUGAGGGAAGUCGUGCUUCACAAAGGAGAAUGGUUGAGGGUGAAUCAAGCAAUGCAAGGGAAAGAAGGCUUAAGAUGCAAGCCGAUUUGGAGAGGAUGAUCAGAGGAUGGAAGAGUCUGAUGCAGAGGGAUAUGUCUACUCUGAGGAAGUCUGAGAAGGAGGGAAAUGGCUCUCCAAGUGAAGAAGGAAGUGAUGAGACUGAGAGUGAAGAGGAAGGAGAAGAGGUGAAUCAAUUGGUUGAUGAAAUGAGCAAGAGUAACCAAGAUGAACCAUGGAGGAGGUUGAGCCAAGAGCAGCAAGAGGAGGAUGAGCUCCCUAUGUACCAAGAGCACUACAAUGCUCUCUUCUCCAUGGACUUCAUGGACACCAAGUACCCACAUGUUGACACAUGA